ACGAGCGCAAUGGCGGCCGCCUUGAGGGCUCAAACGCUGACCUUCACAGUCCCCAAGGCCCGUCGUCCGCGCUUCGACUUCAAACUCAAAAUCUUCGACCUCAACAACGUGCCCUUGGUAUCCGGCACCUGCUUCGUCAAAUGGCACCUUCCCUCGUCCAGCGCUGCCGAACACCGCGGCCGCACAACAAAAUGCAACAUCAAGGAUCACAAGGUCGUUUUUGACUACGACAAACAGACGCCCGUGCGCCUUGUCAUUGGCAAGGACCAGAUGCUGCAAGAGUCGUGGAUCCAUCUCGAGAUUAUACAGGAGUAUUCCAGCGCCGGCAAAGGAGAGCGCAUUAUUUUGGGACACAUCAAGCUGAAUCUUGCCGAAUACGUCGAUACUAACGACCAUGGCCACGACUCCGAAGAAGGCGUCACCAGACGCUACCUUAUGCAGGACAGCAAGAUAAACAGCACACUGAAGGUCUCUCUCCACCUUAAGCAUCUCGAGGGCGAUCGAAAUUACUACGCUCUAGUNCCUCCAUUGCGAACUGCUCCUGUUUUCGGAGGUAUCGCUGGCAUAAUGUCUCAGGAAGUUGCAGAAGCCGCCGAAGAAGGCAGCACCAUGCCCACCUUGUCCAACAAAAGCCGCGAGAAUGGCGAGUUACAAGACAUGUACCGACGAACGCUAGCCGCAUCCUGGGAACUACGAGCCGACGACUGUAUCAAGGACAUCUUUGCUGGCGGCGAUGGCUGGGGCUCGCAUCUCGACCACGUCCAGCACACCCAACAUCUCAACCCCGGCAGUGACGAAGACAAAUCCCGCUCAGCCAACCUCACCCCAACAGACAACUCCACCAGGUCACCGCGAUCGAAAAGCCCUCUGCACGGUCACCAGCGCAACGUCAGCAAAGAAAGCGUCCAAUCCGACAGACGCAAAGGCUUCGACGGCUGGUCCAAAGACACGUCUUCUGCUAGUAACCUGAGUAAACAUGGCACAUUCGGAGGUCGGAGUAGUCUGCACCAGCAAGCCAUGAAGUUCGAACUCGAAUCCGCCAAACGCAAACCCAAACCGGCGAAUAACGAGAUUGACGAGUUUGACAAUCCAUGGCGAGAAGACUUGAGGUCGUGGAAAAUUGGCAACUCCACCAUGAUCUGA